AUGUGGUCUUCGCACAAGACCAUCCCGAUCACCUCCUAUUUUGUGCGCGACUACAAUAUGGUCAAAGGACCGGAACCUGUUCCACCCAACCGAGUCAAUAUGCAAGGUGGUUUCUGGAUUGUCAAACCUCAUCGAGGUGUCUUUGAAGAGCUUUGUGAGAUUCUUCGUGAUGGAGUCGACUAUUCCGCCGAGGGAGGUUGGGGCGGACCACAUUUGAUGCCCUCCCAUUACUACGGUGUUGCUCAGAUCCAAGGACUGCUCAGUUAUUACUAUGGAUUCUUCCGACCCUUUAGUUCUGUGGAACUCAACCGGUGUCACUACAAUAACAUGGUGGACAACCCGAACAGACGACAAGCUUGUCACGGCGAGGAACUCACCCGGCAAUGUCAAGAUUGUCGGUAUACACCCCUCUCCAAAAUCCGAUCCAUUCAUUUGACACUCUGUCAAAAACCAUGGUGGUGUCCAGGAUGGAUCAAAGAAGUGCAAUGCAGCAAGUUUCACUAUGAGUGGCAUCGCAUUCGAGAAGAUUUGGAAAGUUUGGUCAAAGCACCACCCCAAUCCGCAUCGAAGCAAGUCAAUACAUCGGACAUGACAAGUGUCUUGGGACGGUUUCGUCGUCAUUGUCGACGAUCCGGCAGCAAGGGAUACAGACCGAUUGAUCCUUCCGUUUUUUCCAAGCUGCCGUCUCGCAGCAAUCCCAAGUGA